AUGCCAGAUAGCGCGCCAGUGGAGCCGCAGCAGCCCGCUGAGCAGUACCCGUCGCAGAUAUCGUGCACAGAGGCAUUCGACCGGCUAACCGAUUGCUACAGCAUCGGCGGCCUGGUCCGCCACUACUACCGGCACGGCGAGUUUAACGGUUGCUCGAAGGAGAUCGAGCGCUUCAAGUUUUGCAUUCUGCACGGGUCGGACCCCGUGCGGGUGCAGCAGUGGUACCGCGAAGAGUGGGAAAUGAAUAAGAGCACCAAGGGCACGUCAGAAGACGUGUGGAGUCUCCGGCGCUGA